CUUAAGCGGUCGAUUCAAAUUUUUUUAGUGAAAAUGUUCAUUCGCGUACUUUUGGUUGCUUCGUUUAUCGUCGUUUUGAAUCAGGUGAAUUCAGCACCAGCAGGUGUAGCGAUUGGUGAUUUGAACAAGUUGAUAGAAUCUUCAAAAGAAGCGCGAAAAGUAGCAACGGCUAAAGCUGAAGAAGCCGCUGAAGUGAUCGAGAAAGCUAAAGAAGCUUCUGAUGAUUUUAAAAAAAAACAAGAGAAAUAUUUUCAGGCUCUGGUGACGAAAAAUUCAUUGGAGAGAGAAAAAGAGGCUGCAAUUGCUGCAUUCGAGGAAGCUAACAGAACAAAGACAGAUAAGGAAUCCGCAAAAAAUAAAGCUCCUGUGGAUGCAGUCAAGACACGAGAAUUUGAAGCCGCUAAAACAGAGUUUGAAAGAAUUGAAAAAGAAAUAAAAGUUAUUGAAGAAGAAAUAAAGAACGCGAGCCUUGAAAUAAAAAAUGCUGAAGCAGAAUAUAAUUCAGCAAAAACAAAAGCUGAUGAUAUUGUGAACAAAGCUGACAAAAUUACUAAAGAAGCUACUGACGCUGAAGCACAUGCUAAUCAAAUAGAAUCCAAUGUCUUAAUUGCUAGUUUGCUGUCAUCUUCAUCAGCCGUGGGAUCAAAUGGGCUGAAUGACACAAAAGUUUCAUCAACAACCGCAAGUCCAACUUUGACGACAGCCAAGCCAAAUUUUGUGGCACUCACCCCAGAACAGAAAUUGUUCAUCAGAUUGUACUUCAGUAAAUUAAAACCUGAAGCCACUACAAAACCCCCCACAAUGGUAGGAAACUUCAUAAGAGCCUGGGCCAAAGUUAAUUUGGGAAUUGCAGAAUCUCUUGACCGGAUCAAAGCCUCAGUCAAAGGAGUUUUCAGACCUGGCAACAACGCGACAGGCUGAUUUUGGACGAAUUCAAAAAAACGAAUUAUUGAUUAAUUUUUACAUAUUUUUUUACCAAAAAAAUUUCUAGUCUUAAGUUUUUUUUCUAUAAUGUAAUUGGAAUAAAUAAAGAAAAAUUUUAUUA